AUGUAUAUGGUCGUUGAGUGGACUUCAGGUGGUCUACCGUGGAGAAAAUACAAGGUGGGUAUUUCUAAGGUGUUCCUGACUGAUAUAUUUUUCAAAUGCUCUUUCCAGGCAGACAAUCGAGAAGAAGUUUUGAGAAUGAAGGAAGAAGUGCGUGACAAAGAAGAAGCAAUGAACAAUACAAACGUAUAA